GCACUUGUAUCUGACACCAGAACAUGAAUGUUGUAGAAGUCCUACCAUGAUAGUCGCGGAUAUCAAACCGAGCACAGGCCACCGAAUUAGUUGAGCUUCAUCAUCAUCCAAGAAACUUUCCGCCAUCACUACGCAUCCACAUACGCCGCUUCCCACGUGCCUCAACGCCCAAUCACUCGCCUUUUUAUACCCGUCCAAUUCAACCCGGUCUCAUACAUAAUCAAAAUGGACGGACUCGGCGGCGGCCUCGCGAAUGUAGACGUCACCAGGCUCAGCGACGCCGACAAGCAGCAACUGCAACAGUUUGCCAUCAACGAGGGACAAAAGGCGCGCAUUCAGUCUUCGAUCCACAGCUUGACAGACACAUGUUUCCGCAAGUGCAUCCCUGCCGGCACGAUCAAGAACGGCAAGCUGGACAAGUACGAGGAGCCAUGCAUGAGGCAGUGCGUCGAUCGUUUCUUAGAUGCGAACAUUGUUGUUCUGAGGGAGUUGGAGAGGCUGAGGCAGUAGAGCUUUGAGUUGGAGAAUGACGGCGGGAGAGGCAUGGCGCAAUGCUGUGCGCUACAAGAAAUGAGGAGAGUGUAUGAUAAGGGUGCCAAGAGAUGGACUGUACUAUAUGGGACGACAAUGAGGGAUGCAUCAGAAUUAGAGCAUCUGCAUGACGUGUGCAAAUGAAAAAGAGUACGGUUAUCAUUCUUCUGCAAUGAGAGGUUUCUAUUCGAUAUUAUUGGAUGC